AGGUUCGACUCCCUGUGACUUCGCAGUAUACUCCAAAUAUGAGGCACUUAGAAAACAUCCGUAGUGAUUUUUUUUGUUGAAACAGUAUAGUAUGAUUGUACAACAGUUAAUUAGCUCAAAUGUAUAUAUCUAAAAAUUUGCAUUAACAUUAAACGAUGCUAAUUAUAUGUACAGACGAGGAAGAUCUUUCUUCCCCAUCUUCCCCCUAAUUGCCGCCAUCUUGAAUUUCCUCUGACGUUUAAAUUUGUAUAGCUAGCUAGGUAUAUUUGUUGCGAUCUCGGCGUGCAAGAUGGGUCAUUUAAUGACACGAAAGCUGGGAAAUUAAAGUGCAGAAUGCAUAGUGCUCAAUACCUGUCUAUAUCAACACAAGAUUCAACUACGCUUGCUUCCUAGCCCAACCGUAUCAUCAAACAGCUUCAAGCACAGAUUAGGCUAAAUAAGCCUGGCUUUGGCAUAAUGAGUUAGAUGGGGGAAUCCAAGAACAUGGGGUUUAAUGGCAGACGACAUGGCAGCAGAUUCUCUGGUGACCAAUCCAUAACUUCUGCCCGGUCUCUGAGACAAGGCAAGGGCUCCUUUAGAAGGCGGAGAUAUAGUCGACGUGUCAGCAGUUCUGCCCUGGAGGCAGAGAGACGGCAUACCCCAUCGUCCGGUAUGACUGCAAAAGAGCUGUGUGAGAAUGAUGACUUGACUACAAGCCUCAUUCUUGACCCCUACCUUGGCUUCCAGACCCAUAAGAUGAAUAGCAGGUUUCGACCCAUCAAGGACCGACAAGGACAUUUGAAGGAGGUGCUAGAGUGCUUUAAAAAACAUGACAACCUCGAGAAGGCUUUCCAUGCGUUGAUUGCAGGGGACUGGUCAAGACACCACCUUCACCACAAGACGAAGGCUCAUGGCAAACUCUUCAAAGAGCAUGUUUUUGUUUAUCUACGAAUGUUUGCCACUAAUAGUGGGUUUGAAAUACUUCCUUGCAAUCGUUAUUCCUCUGAGCAGAAUGGAGCCAAAAUAGUAGCAACAAAAGAGUGGAAAACUCAUGAUAAGAUAGAAUACCUGGUGGGCUGCAUUGCUGAGCUUUCACAGCAUGAGGAAAGCAUGUUACUGCGACAUGGUGAAAAUGACUUCAGUGUGAUGUACUCUACCCGCAAGAACUGUGCUCAACUGUGGCUUGGACCUGCAGCUUUCAUAAACCAUGAUUGCAGGCCAAAUUGCAAAUUUGUUUCCACUGGGCGAGAUACAGCUUGUGUCAAGGUUCUUAGGGAUAUUGAACCUGGGGAAGAGAUCUCCUGUUACUAUGGAGAUGGCUUUUUUGGGGAAAAUAAUGAACUGUGUGAAUGUUACACCUGUGAAAGAAGAGGCGCUGGUGCUUUCAAAUCGAAGACUGGGCAGCGUAUGACCACUCCGAUUAUCAACAGUAUGUAUGGCCUGAGAGAGACCGACAAACGUCUCAAUCGGUUAAAGAAACUAGAAGAUCGCAAAUGCUCUGACAGUCAGUUGGACAGCUCUCACGUGGAUCCAGACUCGCAGGAAAAUUGUGACACACCUUCAUCAGUAGGGAGGACUGCCCUCUCCAGUGUGACUGGGCUCAGUGAAGCACAAGCCCUAAGCAGGCAAACUCUGUCCAAGAUGCCUAUUCCUACCUCAUCAUUCAAUCAAAGACACUUAAAAAAUUCGGUGCCAAAGAGACUAAAAUCAAACUCCACCAAGCCUUUGCACAAGCUAGGAAGAAGGGGUCAGGUAACUGCCCACAAGUUCCCUGUGGAAGUGGAAGAUGUUGGUUUGGGCCUUAAAAACCCCACAGAAUUUGCCAGUAGCAGGGUCCCACGAAAGAAAGAGAUGGAUAAGAAAGGGCGCAUGCAAAUGCUGGGAACAAGGGGUGGUCUUCUGCGCUACAUUGCAAAGGAAAACACUCAGACUUCAGUAAAAGAUAAUAGUAGGUGCCCUGAUGGUUUGGCUUGUACUCACAGAACUCGCAGUUCAACCAGAGCAUCAGUUGGCAAACAGGGGUCUGACAACAUCAAACUGAAACCAAACUUCUCACCCAUUCACUGCGGUGUGGUUGGUAAGACCAAGCCUAUGGAUCUUGGGGAGUAUGCCAUAGACAGUCGCUGGAUGAACAGCCCUAGCCUGAAUAUCAACCGUCCAAGGGAAGAGACCUGUCCAAGACCGAGGCAAAUGAUGAAGCAGGAGGAUCAGCACUCUUUCAGGCCAGCAUCCUUUCUCCAGGAGGUUUCAGGCCUUACCAGAGACAUGUCUAGUUGUAGGAAAGAGUACAUAGGCCUGACUGAUGGUUGUGAGCACUACAACAUGUCUAAGACUGACAAGGCUCUCCAUGGCAAGCGGAAGAAGAAACAGGAGAUAACACACUAUGAUUCCCAGCUGAUCCUAGCCAACAACAGCUCAGGCAUUCCCAAGUUGACCCUACGGAGACGGCGGGACAGCCACAGCAUUAGGACCGAGCCUGGCGCCGUGGACCCUGUCAGAUCCUCCAGCUCCUCAAGGACCAGUAGGAAAUUUGACAAGGACUAUCACCAUACAAAGACCAAAAGGACCUCUUAUGCAUCCAGCAGGAAUAAUGGGACCUUCAGCCCAGGGGACCAUGUCUGCUCCUCCAAACUGCAGCUUCAGUUGCAGUGUGAUCGGGACAAUAGAAGGUUCAGCCAGUAUCAUGAUACUGGGCCUUUCAGUGGUUUGAUAGAAAGAGAGGCUGGGGAGGUAUUUGGGCCCACAGUAGCCACAUUUGGGAUGCAAGAUGACACUGAGGAAGACUCACCAACCUCUGGGGAAGAGGAUGAAGAGGAUGUUUCAGACCAUGAUGAGUUUGAUGAUGAUUUCAUUCCACUUCCACAAACAAAGCGACUUCGUCUCAUUGUUGGUAAAGACUCCAUAGAUAUUGAUAUUGCAUCAAGGCGACGUGAAAAUCAGUCACGGACAAUAAAUGUAUGAGCUCAAUGGGUCUUUAAUUUUACAUUUUUUUGUCAAUAAUAUAAAAUCCCAUGCUGUUGUAAGAUUUUAUAACUAUUUUUGUACAUGAUGACACUUAAUUUGUUAUUUGUAUUGUAGAGUGUGUAAAAACAUUUUUCAAAGCAAACAAUGUGUAGGCUUUUAUUUUUAUAUCUUCAGCUUCAUUUUGUACAAUUAUUGAUUCUAUUUAAAGCCUUUUUUCAUGUUUGUUAAUAUAUCCACUGAUAUUUUGCAAGAAUGGGAACUUUUGGGAGAACACUUCAUUGCAAACAAAAUUGCUUUUCUCCAUAUGUUAGUGUAUACAUGUAAAGUAAUAUGCAUUUUAUAUAUUCUCUUGAGAGUUUGAAAGGAACAUCAUUCUUUCAGAACUGUGAAAAUGUGACUUUCUGACCGUGAUUUUAAUCAUUCAUUAAUCUUGUGGACGGACAUGUGACGAACCUCCACACAAAUUAUACUUUUGGGUAACUGAGUAUAUUAAUGAAAAUGUGUUGGUGCUUGCAUAAGGAUUCUUCGUGUUAACUUGUCUUCAGUUGUGUGCAGAGAACUUUUGUUUUUUAUUGUGUACUGUUGUUUUUCUAUAAAUUUCACUCACGUCA